GUAGUUUGCUAAAUUUGAGAGGACAAGGGAAGCUGCGAUUAUAUAAAUGCAAAGGAAGUAUCACCCCAUUUCUAUUAUAUUGUGUUGUCUCAUUUCUCGAGAGGUUCAACAUAUCUUACGUAAAGCUAGCCAAAGUUGAUAAACAAAUUAGCACAAAGAUGAUGAGCUACGCCCCUGUGAUGCUCCUUUUCAUCUUGGUGCUUGCAUCUCUGGUAGCAGGAGAGGACAACCCUUUGUUGGAGUUAGCAAGCAGAGAAGAAGUGGUGCAAAUGGCUGGCUAUGGAGAGGAGAAGCUAUCCACAGUUCUCAUUACAGGUUCAGUUCAUUGUGAGGCAUCACACCAACCUCAUGCAUGGCCAAUACAAGGAGCUUCGGUUGGGGUGAACUGCCAAAGCCAUGGCAGCAAGUGGAGAGGGAAGUCAGCGGUAGCAGGAGGUGUAACUGAUGAAUUCGGAGAGUUUAUGAUCGAUCUACCUUCCCACCUUCAUGCUAUUCCUAACUUGGAAAAGGUGUGUACAGUGAAGAUUCAUAGGAUUCCAAAGGCAUCACUUUGUCGACCAGCUCAUGUGAAGAAACAAAAGGGACUUAGGCUCUCUUCCUUUGGGAAUGGCAUCCGUACCUACAAUGCUGGAAGCAUAAGGAUCAAAAAUGGGGGAAACCAGUGAAGAUUGUAAACAAGAGCACCAUGGCUCAUUUGGAUGGCGCUUAUAGUCACAGUAUUGGGUUGCAUGGCUUUUAAACGUCUCACUACAUACAUAUUACAUUCUGUAUACAUAUAGCAUCCACAAGUUUGUACAACAUACGCAGCUGAAAUUUCCAGGUUGCGUGAGAUUGACACAUUGUUGUGUGAAGAUCACUAGUAUUUGCUCCGACAAUGAUAUACCAACGCUUUUACUUGGGUUAUAAACAUCUAUUUUGACAAUUC